CCAGUUCGAUCGAUAGAUGCUAUCUCCAAGCAGCGGCCCCAGGCCGUCAACAAAGGCAAUCAAUACCGCUCGAGCCCCGACGUUGGAAUUUCAACUUAUUUCCAAGAGGAAGUUCUAUGCGCGCCGUUGAAGUAACUGCCGGUCGCAAAAAAAUAGAAUUUAUGUUUCCCCCCCCCAGCGCAGCAGAAUUAGCCCGUCCAGAAGCGGCAGCAGCAGCAACUGCUGCUCAACGUGCGAAUGGCAAUGAGGCUGGAAGUUCGACGCAAGCAGGUCAACCUCAGGCUGUGUCGGGGACACAAGCAUCUCAAUGACGCCCGGCGGAAACGCAACCAGGUCCAUCUCUGGUUGUGCCAGGGACACAAGUGUCUCAAGGGCAACCAACAGGAACGCAAGGCGCAGGUGGCGGGACGGGAGUUUCUUGUGAAGUUAGGUGUUGUGGAUUGUUUUUUAGUUGUGGUGGUCCUUCCUCGCAUCAGUCAUGAGGUCAUCUACAAACUGGUUGCUUUUUCUCUUGAUUUUGAGAGCUUUGCAAAUUGUUUCGCACCUGGCCGUACCCGUUGGAUUUUACUCGUCCGUGCCGUGUAGAUGAAAACAUACACGUUCUCAUGUUCACAAUAUCAUCACUGUUUCCAAUUGAGUGUGCGCCUGGCAGUGCACCUCAUACUCCGGACUCUGAAUCCAUUAAUGACUUGGAAGUUCGUUCGAGUGUCCUGAGAAAAGAAGUAUUUCUAUCAGCAGACUUUAUUAACAUACUAUAGUAUGUAUAGUAUGGUCUCCCUGAUCGAUAGACGUCAAGCGCACAUGGCGCUAGAGGACAGGUGGAGCUCAGCACGAGCACAGGUGGAGCACAGACAGGAGAGUCACGCGAAUUGGUUCCGCGGGAUCAAACGUUUCGUCCUUACAUAUUGUAGAUAGAUGU